AUGAAGACGUUUUCUAUACUUUUUACAGCCUCCCUUUUCGGGAACGCUGCCCUUGCUACAAGGCUUUAUGCGGCAUCGUACGCUGGUCUUGUCACCUCGUUGGACUUUUCCAAUUCCACCGACCUGUCCACCCUCUCCCAGACAACGGAGUGCGGUAGCAGCCCGUCUUGGUUGAUGCUGGAUAGUCCCAAUGGUGUCUUGUACUGCCUCGACGAAGGGAUCGAUGCUCCCAAUGGCACCAUAACCAGCCUGAAAUCUCAUCCAGAUGGGACACUCACCAAGCUCGGGCGACUGAAAACCCCCGCCGGCCCUGUCAUGUCUGCCAUGUACUCGGCACCUGGGAUCUCAGGGCGCAAGUUCCUUGCUGUAGCACACUACUCAGGAUCCUCUGUCACGACGUAUUCCGUGGACCCUGUCCUAGGACUUUUCGAGCAUGAACAAACCUUCACAUACCAGAUGGCCUCUCCUGGUCCGGUCGCCAGUCGCCAAGAAGCCCCCCAUCCCCAUGGAAUAGUUGUCGACCCUACCGGACGGUUUGCCCUUGUACCCGACCUUGGAGCUGAUAUCGUCCGCGUCUUUCGUGUCAACCCAUCGACAGGUCUUCUUGAACCGAUUGAGCCACUGGUUGAUCUGGACCCAGACACGGCGUGUUUUGGACCCCCCCGCGGAUCCAACAGCACUUCCUCAGAUGUCUAUUUUUACCUCGUGCAGGAGCUGAGCAACGAGUUGAGUGGUUUCCGGGUCACAUAUUCAAGCAACGGAAUUUCCUUCCGCAAGGUCUACGAAGGAAGCACAUAUGGCGAGGAAUCCUCCCCCGCCGGUUCUAAGGCCGCAGAAAUUGCAAUCUCGCCUGAAAACAACCAUAUCGUCGUCUCCAACCGUCUUGACAGCACAUUUGGCCCAAAGAAAGACUCAUUCGCCCUGUUCCUCUGCGCUGAUCCUAGUGGAAAGAAGGCUGAGAAGGUUUCCUUCCUCGGGUUGUACCCAGCAUAUGGCUCCUCCCCUCGCCACUUCAGCAUUGCACCUACCCAGGCUAUGGUUGCGGUGGCAUUAGAAGGCAGCCAAAGUGUUGUCGUGGCUCGGUGGGACAAGCAUUCCGGGGCUCCUGGGACCGUUCUCGCAGAAAAGAAGCUGGAUGGAGAAAUUCCGUCCGUUGUCUGGGACCUCUAA